CCUUUCCUCCCCCCCUCUCGCCUGCGAUCUCCUAUGCUGCCCGUGACCGUGCUUCACAAAGUGGGACCUUAGGCUGGUCUCACUAUAACUAGGACUGCCAGUCUCGCCAGAAGCAUUGCUGUAGAGUGCUUCACUCCAACACACCACCAUGAGCGAAGUGGUCAUCUCGGGCAUCGGGAGCGCCUUCUCGGGGAGCAGCAAUAUCCAGGACUUCGGCCGCGACCUCCUCGCCAACAAGCACCUCGUGCAGAGGACGAAGCGCUGGACAGAUGGCGUCUUUACGCCUGUAUGCGGCCAAACCCCUUACGAGUACUUCGACGACCUCUUCUUCGGGAUGAGCCGCAGGUUGGCCUUGGUGUCGGACCCAACGACCAAGAUCAGCUGCAUGCGCAGCUUCGAGGCCAUCCUAGACGCCGGUCUUCACCCGGCGACCCUGUUCGGCUCCAAAACAGGAGUUUUUGCGGCCUCCGGUAUCAAUGAGUUCGAACAGACCGCCCUUUACACCAUCGAUAACGCAAGGCUUCAAGACGGCUACAUCAUCAUGGGCAUGUCACGGUCAAUGCUAGCCAAUCGCCUCUCGUACUACUUCGAUUUCAAAGGGCCCAGCUGCGCCGUCGACGGCUCCUGGGUGGGCGGACUCCUGGGGCUGAAGCAAGCCGCCGACGCUAUCCGGGAGGGGCGGUGCGACACCGCGCUCGUCGUGGCCGGGAGCAUCAGCCGCUACGGCGAGACCUCGCUGCUGCUCAACCAGCUGGGACUCGUGACCGACGAGGGGGUCACCAGGAGCUUCGAUGCAAACGGAACCGGGGCGGUGCGCAGUGACGGGGCGGUCGCCUUGCUUCUGCAGCGCGCCGACCAGGCCAAGCGAUGCUACGCCAGGGUACUGGCCACCGAGGUCGAGUUCGUUGGGCCAGGAUGCGACCUGAACCCCACACUGCCCAGCCCGAAGGGCACCCAAGACUUUCUGAGGCGGAUUUACGAGAAGCACGCCAUCGACCCCAAGACGAUCGCCUACCUGGAGGCCGACGGCAACGGCAACCGCAUCCGGGACGCGUGCGAGCUCAACGCCAUCGACCAGGCGCUGGUCCAGAAGGCAGCGAGAGCAAGCCCCCUGCAGAUAGGCUCGGUCAAGAGCAACAUCGGACACGUCGACUGCGUCAACGGCCUGGCUGCGAUCUGCAAGAUGGUGAUCGCAAUGGAGACAGGAGUCAUCCCGGCCACAAUCAACUUCCAGGAGCCCAACAGCGAGGCCACGGGUUUGGUAGCGGGCAGGCUCAAGGUCGUGGACAAGAACACGCCGUUGAUACUGUCCGACGACAGCGUCCUGGCUGUACACACCAUAGCACUCUCAUCCAUGAUGGGCCACACUGUGCUCGGGGGCAACCCCCGCGGCCCAGGGUGCGUCCAGGACCCCGCCGACCACCUGCCGCGCCUCAUCACCUUCUCGGCCAGGAACGAAGAGGCGGCUGCUGACGUUGCCAAAAAGAUACAAUCUGCUCCUUUUGACACAAACUACUACCGCUUGCUGCAAGACGUGUUCAGCGACGACAUUAGAGGGUACACCUACCGGGGCUUCGUCAUCUGUCCAUCCUCUGGGGACGACACCCUUAUCGCGCCGCUGGAGAAGAGGACGGUUUGGUUCGUGUACUCGGGCAUGGGCAGUCAGUGGGCGGGCAUGGGCUCGGCGCUCAUGAAGCUCCCCGUGUUCGCCGAGACCAUCGAG